CCUUGACAGACGUAUUUUAAACUUGACUCAAAAUAAUAAGUCUAACCUCAAAUAGUUAAUAAAAAGUUAUUUUUAAUAAAUAACAACCAUGAAUAUUUGUGUCAAAAGUAGAUUUAUUCGAACAAACUUGAUUAGCAAUCUUUAUCGUUUUUCUACCUCGGUAGCAGAAGCAGAGCAAAAUGAAAACGUUCUGAUCGAUGAUACAGAAGAUGAAAAGGCUAGAGAGGCAGAGAUUGAAAAGAAAAGAAACGUUUCUCGACUAUCGUCAGCCCAUUAUAAUAUUAUUAAUGACAGAAAACCAUAUGAAGAACCCAAGUCUUUAGCUCACUUAACUGUGAAAUAUAACCGAAAAAUAUAUGGCAAAUAUGGCAUAGCGAGUGGCGUUAAUCCAAAUAUUUGUUGGCCGACAAAACAAGAAAUUGCUAAUAAAAAAGAAUUUGAAUCAGUUGCCUUUCCUUACACAAUAAAAGAAAUGAUGGAGACAGCAGCAGAAAAUAGGAGACAGGAAAAUUUAAAAAUUGAACAGAGGGAAAAGGACAUAGCUGUUAAAUUUGCAAAGUUAGAUCAAUGGAAGAGAGAGUUAAAUUUAAAAAUAGCCAAGAAAACUGCCGAGGUUCAAGCAGCUAAGCAAAAGAAAGAAAGACUCGUGGAAGAGGUGAGGAGACACUUUGGUUUCACAUUGGAUCCUAGAGAUGAAAGGUUCCAAGAAAUGUUGGCUAAGAGGGAGAAGGAGCAGAAGAAGCAAGAGAAACUGGCAAAGAGAGAGGCCAAAGACAAGAAUAUGAUCGCCAAACUACAACAGCAGAACAGUGAAAUAAACAACAAGAGUUAACUUGUGAUGUAAUGAAAUAGGUUUAAAUUAAAUUAUUAGAAGUUC